AUGGAGAAGAACGAGAGAAAUCCGUUUCUCGACAUUGAUCUCCUGGUCAAAACUGCAAAAGAUAUCCACGCCGACGCAAUUCAUCCAGGAUACGGUUACUUGAGCGAGAACGCAAACUUUGCUGACAGUGUACGCCACGCUGGACUCAUUUUCGUCGGCCCUCCAGCCAAAGCCAUGUCCACACUAGGCGACAAGCGCUCUUCCAAGGACUAUCUCCGCCAGAAUGCUCCUGAUGUUCCAUUGAUCCCAGGAUUUACUGGCACCAGUCUUGAGGCCGAAGACCUGCAAAGAGCUGCUGUCGACAUUGGUUUUCCUGUGAUGCUGAAAGCUUCCGCAGGCGGCGGAGGCAAGGGUAUGAGAGUUGUGCACGAACCAUCGCAACUGAUGACGGAGCUGAGCAGAGCGCAGUCAGAAGCUCAACGCUCAUUUGGUUCAGGAGACUGUAUUCUGGAGAAGUUCAUUGAGAACAGCAAGCAUAUUGAGAUCCAAGUGGUUGGAGACCAGUAUGGCCAAGUAGUGUCGUUCUUUGAACGAGAUUGCUCGAUCCAGCGUCGCAACCAGAAGGUGAUCGAAGAAACACCAUGCCCUUUUAUCGAUGACGAUACUAGACAGAAUAUGAGCGAGACAGCCGUCCGAAUCGUCAAGUUGAUAGGCUACGAAGGAGCUGGAACCGUGGAGUUCGUCUUCGAUACAUCGACAAGAAAGUUCUAUUUCCUUGAAGUCAACACACGGCUGCAAGUCGAACAUCCAAUCACCGAGGAAGUCGUCGGAGUUGACCUUGUCGCUUUGCAGCUGUUUGUUGCUGCCAAAGGUCGUCUCUCAGAGCUCCCUCGGCUAUCAAAUCUUACGCAAACUGGGCACGCAAUUGAGUGUCGGCUUUGUGCGGAAGACCCCCAGCGAGAUUUCCUUCCCAGCCAUGACAAGAUCCUCUUAUGGAAGCCAGCCUCUCCAGGAAGAAGUUCGGGAUCAGUCAUCCGCUAUGAGACAGCUAUUCAGAGUGGAACAUCGGUUUCAAUCUACUUUGACUCGAUGAUCUGCAAGAUUGUUGUCUGGGCACCGACAAGAUCUGCGGCAAUCAACAUCCUUGCCAGAGAGCUGGCAAACACUCCGUGUAUUGGCAUCAGGACCAACCAAUUAUUCCUCCAAAGCUGUUUGUUGCACCCAGCAUUCCAGGACUUUGGUUACAAGACAUCAUUCAUCCCAAACAAUAUCGACGACUUGCUUCGAAGUCCAUACACACCAGCCUUGCCAGACCACAUUUCACUUAUUCCUAGUAUCUUUCUGCAACAUCUGCAGAAGAACGAAGCCCAGGGAAGCGGUGGCCAUCGCCACUUCCGGACAAGACUCAAAAUCCGCCUCUGGAGGGAUUACUAG